AUGAUCGCACCAGAAAAUUUGGCAGUGGCAAACUUGGUUGAAGAUGAUACAACCUUUCAGGAUCUUCCCCAGGCUGAAGACUACAAUCUGGAAAACGAGAACAGAAGCAGAGAAACAAGAAUGAAGCAAUUCAAAACCAAGGUCCUCUUGGGAGUCCUUGUCUUGUUGGCCAUCAUUCUCAUUUUGGUAGCCAUCCUGAGUCCUCAAAGUCAAGAUGGUAAUGCAGAUCUUGUCCCAGCAACCGCACCUAGUGAGCCGCCCAGCAACAACCCAUCCCAGGGACCAUCAUCUUAUUUAGAAUACUGGCUGUCACUUUUCCCAGAAACAACAAUCGCUGCAAUUCUGGAGCACCCAGGAUCGCCCCAGUCAAGGGCAUUUGAAUGGCUGGUGGGAGAGAUGGAUGUUCUGCACAACCAUACAGAUCAGAGAGUAGUACAACGUUUCACACUUGCAACAUUCUAUUUUGCCAACAGCAAAGAACAAUGGCUCUUCAGUGACAAUUGGCUGAACCACAGUGUUCAUGAGUGCCUUUGGUAUUCAGGUUUGGAGAAUUAUUAUUUUGUGUUUGAGGCCGACACAUUUUUCCCACUGGAUCACAUCAGUCCCUGUGAGCAAGAUCCAGCUGGAUAUCUGGAGGAUGGCACCUUGUAUCAGGGAGAUGGAAUCAUCAAGCACUUUUGGUUGUCGUUGAAUAACCUGGUGGGAUCAGGGAUUCCACCAGAGCUCUAUUUGCUUACUGAACUUAGAAGCUUGGCAUUGGAUGGAUUGAACCUCACCAUCACCAUCCCAGAAGAGCUCUCUGGCCUUUCCAAUUUGGAGUAUAUUUCGAUGUUGGGAUGCGGCCUUUAUGGCUCCAUUCCUGAAGCACUCGGAAGAUUGUCAAAACUUGGAGUUAUCUACUUUCCCUUCAACUCUUUGACGGGAACUAUUCCAUCAUCCCUGUUUUCCCUGACAAACUCCAUGAGAGCCAUUGCUCUAUCAGAAAGUCAGCUGACAGGACCAAUACCAACAGAGCUGGGUUUGUUGACUAGUUUGCUGGGUAUAUGGUUUGAUGCAAACUUCUUCACGGGGACCAUCCCCACAGAGCUUGGGCGAUUGACUCUUUUGAAAUAUUUAGAUCUUCCCAACCUGAUGUUGAGUGGCACGAUCCCAGUUGAGCUUACACUUCUUACAGACAUGGAAACUUUGCAACUGGAUGCCUCAGGUCUUACCGGGACAAUCCCCAGGUGGCUUGGGAAUAUGACAAUCCUGGACACGUUGCUACUGUCAUACAACUCCUUUACAGGGACUAUCCCAACAGAACUUGGCCUGCUUACAAAGUUGUCUGCCUUGUGGCUUGAUUUUAAUGCUUUGUCUGGCACAAUUCCACGUGAAUUUGGAAAGUACGAGCAAGUGUAUGUGUUGACCAUGGGUGGCAAUAACCUGACAGGAGCCCUUCCUACAGAGCUUGGUCUGCUUACUGGUUUGUUUCAGUUGUGGCUACACGACAAUGAUUUGACUGGAACAGUGCCCUUGGAGCUUGGCAAUGUUCCUUUCCCUGCACCUUACGGUGAAGCCUGGUUGCAUGGAAAUGAUCUUUCUGGCAUUAUCCCUGAGAGCUUGUGUUCUGCCAACGACCUUGUUUUUGACUGCAGCAGCCAGCUCUGUGGGUGUGACUGGUGUAACUGUUCUGACAAUAGAACAUCACCGAUACUGGAGGCAAACCAAACUGAGGGGAACCAAACUGAACCCUGAAUGGAAUCACUGGAUAGUUGUAAAGUGGAUGUCUACGAAAUAAUUGAUGCUUGGACGUUAUUGGGGGCGCACGCGUGACCCCCUUGCAAGGGAGGACGAAGAUCUGCUAGCCGCGACUUUCCUCGCAUGGUCCUUGGGUUUCUGGCGGGCCUUGAGCCAGCACCAGGAGAUGAUGAGCAACAAUUAACCGCAAGAAGAAGAGUAGCGAAAAGUCUACUUCUCCUUGUCUGGAUGGGCGGUGGAUCUUCCGUUUCCUGCAACGCGACCUUGAGAACCCAAGUCUCAAAACGACACAUUGGCCCGUGAGCUUUCUUUCAGUGUGUGUGUGAAUGGAAGUGCAUAGCUGGAUCGAUCGACGCUGUACACUCGUAGAUUACUAGUAAUAGAGUUAUUGAAUAUCAUUACGAACAUGC